AUGGCAAAACUGACCGGAGCAAACAGCCCUCAUGCGGAGCAACCCUCACACGGAGCAAAAGCCUCGUCAAGAAAGCACCCCACUGCAGUAACAUCUCCCGGAGCAAAGAGACCAUGCUGUGCCAAGUUCGACCAAGCUACUUGGCCAGAGUGA